AUGAGUUUGGGAGUUGAUGGUGUUGCCGUUUUAGCCGAUCUUCAUUGGCUUCUUAAAGAGUCCGAAAUGAGAUGUUUGGUAGAUGCGGAGCAGUGGGUUAGCGAAAUGCUAUUUUAUGCUAAUGAGGACUGGCACAAUUUCUAUGCGAACCAUAAGUCGGCACAACCAGAAACAGCAGAAAUGGAUUACAACACAAUCGAGCCACAUGUGGCUAAAGUUGCUGCUUUUGGUAGAGCUUUAAUUAAAAAACGUGAAUUUUAUCGAGCUGCUUAUUUCUUGAAACAGAUAAAAGAUGAGUCAUCAUAUGAUCGUUUCAUGUAUUAUUGGGCAAGAUAUUUGGCAUAUGAAUAUAAUCGACUUGAAACUGAGGCAGAUUCAAUUAGUCGAAUGGAGUAUGAUGAUUCUGAACUCAAGGAACUUCAUAAUGAACUUUGCUUGCUUGGUAGUGAUCAUCCGGAAUAUUUCGAUGCGUUUCUUCUGUAUAUUCUUGCAAAGGUGCGUUGCAGUCUGAAAUUGAAGGUAGGAGCAAAGGAAGCAUUUCUUGAGUCUAUAUCGUUGAAUCGAGCUAUGUGGCCUUCGUGGGAGGAGUUGAUUAUGCUCGUAGAUUCCGUGGAUGAGGCUGAAAUAGAAGCGUACUCUGCUGGUGGACACUGGAUGUAUCAGUUUUUCAGAGCUGCUGUGCUUUCCCGAUUUCAGUUGCAUAAAAAUGCGUUGGAACAGUAUGAAAAGUUGAGCGAAUGCGGUUUCCCAAAUAUGCCUUACAUUAUGAACCAAGCUGCUGCUUCGUUAAAUAAUAUGCAAGAACAUGAUAUGGCGUUGGAAUUUUUCAAAAAAGUGCGUAAACUUGAUCCCUAUCGCGUGGAACAGAUGCAUCUAUUUUCUGACUCUCUGUAUGUUCGAAGCGCUCGUUCAGAUUUGGCAGACCUUGCCCAUACUUUUUUUAAAACACAUAAAUUCUGCUGGGAAACGUGUUGUAUAAUAGCCAAUUACUAUAGUUUGAGAGGUGAGCAUGAGAAAGCAGUUGUUUUCCUGCAGCGCUCACUCAAACUCAACCCUAACAAUGCAGCAGCUUGGACAUUAAUCGGUCAUGAGUUCAUGGAGCAAAAAAAUAAUCCAGCUGCAUGCCUUGCAUAUCGGAAAGCAAUCGAAGCUGAUUCACAUGAUUAUCGUGGUUGGUAUGGUUUGGGUCAGCUUUACGAUAUACUAAAAAUGCCUUCAUAUUCACUUUAUUACUACCAACAAGCUCACAAAUGCAAACCGGAUGACUCGCGUAUGUUAGUUGCACUGGGUGAAGUUUAUAUUCGACUUAAUCAAAUUCCUGAUGCUCAGAAAUGUUUCCUGAAAGCAUAUAAGGUUGGAGAUGUCGAGGGAACUGCGCUUAUGCUGCUUGGAAAACUUUAUGCAAAAUGUAACGACAAUGACCAGGCCGCAUUAAUCUACGAAAAAUAUUUGGAUGUUUAUGGCGAAGAAUUCAUGGACGAUUUAAAUAAUAUCGCAACAUGUUGUUCUUUUCUUGCCAAAUAUUAUCUGAAGAAGGGCGAUCUGGAUACAGCUACUCCGUUUGCACAACGUUGCUUAGAAUAUGACACCACAAAGGAAGAAGGACGAAAUACAUUGCGCCAAAUAAGUCAACUUCAUCAUCGGCACAGCGUAUUGCCUGAAACGCUUGUAGCUGCAUCGAAUGCAACAUCGAUAGUAACCAUGCAUCCUGGGAAUGUUUUACCUCCGGGGAGUUCAACUCCCCUUCAUAGUUUUCGGACACCAACGAUCGAAGAAGGCGAAGCUGAAAUGGUAAUCUCAUCCGAUGCAUCCGAUGUUUCCGACGAAUCAUCUUUGAAUGCUUCAUAUUAA